GGCCCCGGGAAGCCUUCGUGCGUUCUCCUUUUUUUUUCGGUUCCAGGAGAAGGAGCGGGCCCGCGGAGGCACCGCGGAGGGCGGGCGCAGGGGACGCGCCUGGAAAAGGCCCCCCAGGAAGUUCAGGGCGAGUGACUGGUUUGUGCUUCUUCCCGCAGCCAAGCCGCAAUGAAGAGCUGCUCACAGUGAAAGGAAAGUAGGUCGCGCCCACUGAAAAUGCCUUUAAGGGACAAAUACUGUCAGACUGACCACCAUCAUCACGGAUGCUGUGAACCAGUUUAUAUCCUGGAACCUGGAGAUGCUCCUUUGUUACAGCAGCCACUACAGACAUCCAAAUCUGGUAUUCAACAAAUAAUUGAGUGCUUUCGAUCAGGAACUAAACAACUGAAACACAUUUUAUUAAAAGAUGUGGACACUAUUUUUGAAUGUAAAUUAUGCCGAAGUCUCUUCAGAGGAUUACCAAAUUUAAUUACCCACAAAAAAUUCUACUGCCCACCAAGUCUCCAGAUGGAUGACAACCUUCCUGAUGUAAAUGAUAAACAAAGCCAAGCCAUAAAUGAUCUCCUAGAAGCCAUAUAUCCAAAUGUGGACAAGCGAGAAUAUAUUAUUAAGCUAGAACCCAUAGAAACUAAUCAAAAUGCAGUGUUUCAGUAUAUUUCAAGGACUGAUAAUCCUACUGAAGUCACAGAGUCAAGCAGUACUACUCCUGAACAAACUGAAGUUCAAAUACCGGAAAGUGACACUGAACAUUCUAAAACAGUACCAGUUACAGUUACAGAGGUGGAAACUGUAGAGCCCCCUCCUGUUGAGAUGGUUGCAGAUGAAGUUGCACCCACAUCUGAUGAACAACCUCAGGAAUCACAGGCUGACUUAGAAACUUCUGACAAUUCUGAUUUUGGUCACCAGUUGAUAUGUUGUCUUUGUAGAAAAGAAUUUAAUUCCAGACGAGGUGUUCGUCGUCACAUUCGAAAAGUACAUAAGAAAAAGAUGGAAGAAUUAAAAAAGUACAUUGAGACACGAAAGAAUCCAAACCAAACCUCUAAAGGACGCAGUAAGAAUGUUCUAGUUCCAUUAAGUAGGAGUUGUCCAGUAUGUUGUAAAUCAUUUGCUACAAAAGCGAAUGUAAGGAGGCAUUUUGAUGAAGUUCAUAGAGGACUAAGGAGGGAUUCAAUUACUCCUGAUAUAGCAACAAAGCCUGGGCAACCUUUGUUCCUGGAUUCUGUUUCUCCUAAAAAAUCUUUUAAGACUCGAAAACAAAAGUCGUCUUCAAAGGCUGAAUACAAUUUAACCGCAUGCAAAUGCCUCCUUUGCAAGAGGAAAUAUAGUUCACAAAUAAUGCUUAAAAGACAUAUGCAAAUGGCCCACAAGAUAACUCUUUCUGGGACAAACUCUAAAAGAGAGAAAGGCCCUAAUAAUACUGCCAACAGUUCAGAAAUAAAAGUUAAAGUUGAACCAGCAGAUUCUGUAGAAUCUUCACCCCCUUCCAUUACCCAUUCUCCACAGAAUGAAUUAAAGGGAACAAAUCAUUCAAAUGAAAAAAAGAACACACCGGCAGCACAGAAAAAUACAGUUAAACAAGACUCUGAAAGCCCUAAAUCAGCCAGUCCGUCUGCUGCAGGUGGCCAGCAAAAAACCAGGAAACCAAAACUUUCAGCUGGCUUUGACUUUAAGCAACUUUACUGUAAACUUUGUAAACGUCAGUUUACUUCCAAACAGAACUUGACUAAACACAUUGAGUUGCACACAGAUGGGAAUAACAUUUAUGUUAAAUUCUACAAGUGCCCUCUUUGCACUUAUGAAACUCGUCGGAAGCGCGAUGUGAUACGACAUAUAACUGUGGUUCAUAAAAAGUCAUCCCGCUACCUUGGGAAAAUAACAGCCAGUUUGGAGAUCAGAGCUAUAAAAAAGCCCAUUGAUUUUGUUCUAAAUAAAGUGGCAAAAAGAGGCCCUUCGAGGGAUGAAGCAAAACAUAGCGAUUCAAAACAUGAUGGCACUUCUAACUCUCCUAGUAAAAAGUAUGAAGUAGCUGACGUUGGUAUUGAAGUAAAAGUCACAAAAAACUUUUCUCUUCACAGAUGCAAUAAAUGUGGAAAGGCAUUUGCCAAAAAGACUUAUCUUGAACAUCAUAAGAAAACUCAUAAGGCAAAUGCUUCCAAUUCACCUGAAGGAAACAAAACCAAAGGCCGAAGUACAAGAUCUAAGGCUCUUGUCUGGUGAGGAACAGUUAACAGAGUUUUGCUUUUUUCUCCCCAUCGAACUAAAAAAAUCAUUUGACCAUAAUUUAUAGCUGGUUCCAUUUUAACACAUUUGCUUCCAUAUAUCUUAUGGCAAUGGGAACUGCAAGAGUGAUGCACAUAUUGCAUUUCCUCUUCAGUGACCUUUAUUCCAGUGGCUUGGGAACAAAAGUUAACUUCAGAACUUAUCUUCCACAGGACAAUGCAAUAUAGUUAUAGGUAGAUGGCACAGGGUCAGUGCUUUCCUCUCUAUGUUGUAAAAUAAUACAUUUAUAUUGGCUUAUGUUUACAAUAGAAGUCUUCUGUUUAACUUUGCACAGGUUUAAUUUGAUUCAGUGACUUAGUCUACUAAUAAAUGCAUUGUAGAAAAGUUAAAUAUAUUAGAAUGAAUUUGUGAAGGCGAUAAUUAUAGGAAAAAAGUCCUUUGAGGCACUGUAAUUAUUGUAAAAAUUAAUCUGACAGCUAAGUAAAGUGCUGCACUCAGAAAAAAAAAUCCCCAAAUUGAAUUUAAAAUGAUUAGCAUUAUUAUUUACAUUUAACAUAGUGCUUCUAGGCAAAGGGGGAAACGAUAAAAGUUUGGAAUUUCUUUUUCCUUCUCCUUGGGAGUAUGUGUCAGUUACCAUUUUUAAGUUUGAUCUAUGAGAAGAAUGAUUACUUAGAUCCCAAAUCCUCUUAUUUUUCCCUUUUUGCUUAAAUGACCUUUUUGGUAAUCAGUUAAAAAAUAUAGUUAAUAUUAUUAAAUAGGGAUUAAAAAAAUUUUUUUUUUGGUGUGGUUGUGCGUUGUAAGAAAAGUGAAAUCCCUGUUGGGAAAAAAGAAAAAAUAAUACUUAGGAGGUUUUGGAACAAAUGUAGAUUUUUAAAAUGACAAUAUAAAAUAAGGAGUAGAUUCCCUAUCCUUGUUUUUUCAAGUCUCUUUAUAUUUUAAUUUAAAGUUUGCCUUCAGUACCUGUGUCCCCUGAGUUAAGGCAAUUAAUAUAUUUAAUUAGUAUUAAAUUAGUUUUGGAUUCAGGUUAUAAAGAGUGCUGAGUAGGUUAAAUGUUGUGGUUUGAUUAUAACAUUUUUCUAUUUUUGUGGAAAACUUGUGAUGAAACCAUUCUUUAGAAGUCAUUUACUAUUGUAUAAUUUUAAAAACAAGCUUUGAUUGGUGAACUCAAAAGUGUUCAUUUAUUCCAUUUCUCCUCAGAUAACUUCAAGUGAUGUACGAAAAGGUUUGGAGUUCAUAUUUGUGGAAAGACUUUAAAUUGGUGUUAGAACCACUAAACGUCUUCAGAUGGUACUAUGAGAAAAAAAAAAAGAAAAAACAUUUUCAUAAAUAUUUGACUGUAACUGCUGUUUUCUCACUAAAAGGAUAAUUAUCUAACCACUGUUUCAAAGGCACUGCCUUUCCCAGCACUUUCAAGUAGCUGUGACAUUUACAUAUUGUCAUCACAGUACAUCAGCUAACCAGUGUCUACAAAAAUGUUGCAAAUUUUGUUUUUCAAACAAUUUGUUGAUUAAAGCGAUCAACAGCCUGAAGAAAAUAAUCACCACUGGUGAUUUUUAAUUGACAAAGACUUGAUAUCUUAGUGAUUUUAGUUUUGUUCCACUUUAUUUGGCAAAAUUGUCAUCUGGAUUGUACAGAUACCUGGUUUCCUAGUGAGUGUAUGUUAAGACCAAAAGACAAAUUAGUAUCAACACAUACAUAUUUAGCUUACUAAUUAUUGGUAAUUAUUUUUACAUUCAUUUAUUUCUAACUUGUUCUCCAGCACUUAAAUGUUUGGAAGUUUCAUUCGAAAAUAUAUACUUACAGGAAAGUUCCAGUUCAUUUUCACCCAUGAUCAUUACAUUUUUCAUUUGUAAACAUCUGAGGUUUUUAUGAAAAUUUAACAUUCCCCUAUUUUUCUUUAAAUUUUAUACAAAGCACUUUAAUGAUAGAUGCAACUUAAUUUUUCAGUUUCUAUUUUUUUAAAAGACCACACAUUUACUAAUGUUAAUAUGAAGGUAGUAAAUAGCUUACCGAUAUUUUAUGGAUGCAGACAAUCCAUGCACAACCACUUCUUAUGAUACUAGUUUAUUUCUUUAAAUAUUGCUAAAAAAGGCAGGUGGGGGUGUAAACCCUGAUUUUUUUUCUCCCAAGUAAAAUCUGAAAUGACCACUUUAGAUAUUUGAUUCCUACUGUAAAAUUUGGAAAAUAAUGAAUUCUUGUUCAUUUUUAUAAUCAAGAUUUUAGGAAAAACAGAAGUACACCUAUCUUUAUGAAAUUUUGGACAGGUUUUGUGUAUCAAUCUUUUGUACUUUCUAGGGAAUAUUUUAUUUUUUAGUAAUUUUUGUCAAAUUAUAAUUUUAAAAGGUACAGCAGAGAAUAUACCAUGUUUUUAUAUAGGUUCAUACCUGUACUUAGGAGGGACCCUGUCCAUCUAUAUACUUUUUGUAUAAAAUUUUAAAAUGUUGAAGAUCCACAAGGUCGUAAUAAAAUACUUCUAUAGCUAGAGAAACAUUUACCCUUCCCAGUGCUUUGCACUAAAAUAUACUGUGAAAGGAAACUAGAAAGACUGUAACUGUUGCUGGAAAUGUUCUAUAUUGAAUGUACAUGCUCUUGUUGGAAAAAUGUACUAUAUGUGAUGGAAAUAAACCAGACUUGGAGUUAUUUCAGCUAAAUGUGCUUCAACAAAGGUGCAUUGGUUGAAACUUAAAUGUUUUAUUAUCAAUUUAAAUUUAUUCAGUGACUAUGAGCAGCUACACUUGAAUUAUAUCUUGAUAGUUUUAUUUUUAAAAAUUAGAGUUAUAAUUUCUCUUUAAUUUAAAAACAGAUUUACUUUUCCACAUAUGGAAAACUUGUACUUAUAGGUCUAACUUUAAUGAUUAAUAGUGUAAUAUAUUUAGGGAACUAAAUGUGUAGGUGGUAUUUCAUUUAUAAACCAUCUUCUUUAGUUGCACAUUAUUAAACAUGUAUGUUUGACUUU